GAAGGCGACGUUAGUACAAUGCUUAGUCAUGGUGAGUUACAGCUUUACCCCUGGAUUUCUGUGGCGCACAGAGAUGGAAGAAUCUGGCUGUAUGCAUUUCAGUGUGGAUCUGUCUCCAAGUACCCUGUCUGCCUUCGGCCGUCUGCAGCGGAGAUACCCCGAGCGAAGAGAUCUCUAGGAACCCUCUGGGCAGAACUCACCAGCUGCGCUCCUCUCAAGUCGUGCACCGGAAACUUUGAAAGCCCUCUGAGGAAAACCGCUCAUUUUGGACACUUGGCUGCUUCUGCUCGCCUCAAGCCUCCUCCCCGAACGUGACCUUUUCACACACGGGAUGGAUAACUUGUAGCCUCUGAGGUCUCCACAAACACAUUCUCAAUUUAAACUAUGGCCUUUUAGUAUCUGAUCAUUUCGUGCUAAUACUAACUGUGGAAUAGCCUCUCUGCCAAAAGGCGUGAGGAGACAAUAUGUUGAAUCCUUAAAUUGUUUUUCCUAAGUGACUUAUCACUUAGCACUUAAUGAUACUCUACCAACAGUUAGCAAAUACUAUUGUAAAAACACACCUAUUGCAAAUCUCAUAACUUUGCCUGCAGAAGUGCUGUGGUCUUGUGUUACAACAGUACCUCAUUUGCUAUCUGCUGUCCUAGUUUCUUUGACAUUGUGUGGAAACUAACAGUGCUCAUGUGUUGCCAACCCAAACAACAGGAGGACUAACAACCUUGUCAAGAAAACCCCUUAUCUACCCCCAAGUGUUUCUGCUGCUAAUUUAUUGCGGCAGAAGACUUCGCUUGUCCCACAUUUGGACGAUUUCGCUCUCACCUGUGGAAAGGCGGUGACGUUGUUUGCGCAGGUGAAUCAGGAGACGUCUCGCUCACCUUUUGGACUUGAGCUGACUCGAGUACACACACGUGCGUCGGUCGGCACCCGCGACCUCAUUCAUGCCCCUCCCUCCCAGAACGCUCUUGGUAGAUGGACUGUGUGCGGAGCAGCGGAAGCAGCGGCAUGGCAGCAGCAGCAGCAGCAGCAGUAGUGGCAGCCUCUCCACCUCUCUAGUCGCGCCCAGCGAGCGGGAGCCCAGACUGGACACCGUUGCCCCAGGAGUCUGGCACUCGGCCACUGACGUUCAUGGGAGUCCCUCCAGCUCCUCUCGAGACUGGACCGUGAGUUCACCCUGUAGGCGGUGAGAGCGACGCAUACUGACCCGAGAUCAGUGCCACCUUCCCUCUUCUGAGUUGUGUAGCUUUUGGGCCCCGACCCCCUCGCUGCACUACUCUUCUGCCCCUUUGUUUGUUUGUUUUGUUUUUGUUUUGUUUUUUGCCCCAAGCUUUUGCCCUGACCCUGCCUUGCCCUGGCGAGCGACGAUGAAUGUGCCCGGGGGCCGUCGCCGGUGAGGAUGUACGCGGGCGCCGGCAUGACGGAGUGCAAGGCGGAGGUGACGCCGUCCACGCGCAACGGCCACCGCGUCUUCAGCUACACGCUGGAGAGCCACACCGGCGCCGCCUUCGCCAUCAUGAACGAGCUGCGGCUGGAGCGCCAGCUGUGCGACGUCACGCUGCGCGUCAAGUACAACGACCUGGAGGCCGUGGACUUCGUGGCGCACAAGGUGGUGCUGGCCUCGUCGUCGCCCGUCUUCCGCGCCAUGUUCACCAACGGCCUGAAGGAGUGCGGCAUGGAGGUGGUGCCCAUCGAGGGCAUCCAUCCACGGGUGAUGGAUCGUCUGAUUGAGUUUGCCUACACCGCCAGCAUCUCGGUGGGGGAGAAGUGUGUGAUCCACGUGAUGAACGGCGCCGUCAUGUACCAGAUCGACAGCGUGGUCAAGGCCUGCUGCGACUUCCUGGUUCAGCAGCUGGACCCCAGCAACGCCAUCGGCAUCGCCAACUUCGCAGAGCAGAUCGGCUGCACGGAGCUGCACCAGAAAGCCCGCGAGUACAUCUACAUGAACUUCAGCCAGGUGGCCACGCAGGAGGAGUUCUUCAACCUGUCCCACUGCCAGCUGGUGACGCUGAUCAGCCGCGACGAGCUGAACGUGCGCUGCGAGUCGGAGGUGUUCCACGCGUGCGUGGCCUGGGUGCAGUACGACCGCGCGCACCGCCGGCCGUUCGUGCAGGCGCUGCUGCAGGCCGUGCGCUGCCACUCGCUCACGCCGCACUUCCUGCAGCUGCAGCUGGAGCGCCACGAGUGGGACGCGCAGUGCAAGGACUACCUGGCGCAGAUCUUCCAGGACCUGACGCUGCACAAGCCCACCAAGUGCAUCCCGUGCCGCACGCCCAAGGUGCCGCAGCUCAUCUACACGGCGGGCGGCUACUUCCGCCAGUCGCUCAGCUACCUGGAGGCGUACAACCCGUGCUCGGGCGCCUGGCUGCGGCUGGCCGACCUGCAGGUGCCGCGCAGCGGGCUGGCGGCGUGCGUGAUCAGCGGGCUGUUCUACGCGGUGGGCGGGCGCAACAACGCGCCCGACGGCAACAUGGACUCCAACACGCUGGACUGCUACAACCCCAUGAACAACUGCUGGCUGCCGUGCGCGCCCAUGAGCGUGCCGCGCAACCGCAUCGGCGUGGGCGUCAUCGACGGCAUGAUCUACGCCGUGGGCGGCUCGCACGGCUGCAUCCACCACAACAGCGUGGAGAGAUACGACCCCGAGCGGGACACGUGGCACCUGGUGGCGCCCAUGCAGACGCGGCGCAUCGGGGUGGGCGUGGCCGUCAUCAACCGGCUGCUGUACGCGGUGGGCGGCUUCGACGGCACGCACCGGCUCAGCUCGUCCGAGUGCUACAACCCGGAGAAGGACGACUGGAACACCAUGGCCCCCAUGAACACCGUCAGGAGCGGGGCAGGCGUGUGUGCCAUGGGGAACCACAUCUACGUGAUGGGAGGCUACGACGGCACCAACCAGCUCAACACGGUGGAGCGCUACGAGGUGGAGACGGACGCCUGGAGCUUCGUGUCGUCCAUGAGGCACCGCAGGAGCGCGCUGGGCGUCACCACGCACCACGGGCGCAUCUACGUGCUGGGUGGGUAUGAUGGCAACACGUUCCUUGACAGCGUGGAGUGUUACGACCCAGAAACGGACACGUGGGUCGAGAUCACCAAGAUGACGUCGGGCCGGAGUGGCGUGGGCGUGGCCGUGACCAUGGAGCCCUGUCAAAAGCAGCUGAACCAGUGUCAGCAGAAGCAUUAGUGCCUCUCCCCACCCCACCUCCACCCCAAAAUCUCUCUUUCUCCCACUCUCUCGCUCUCUCUCUCUCACUCUCUCGCUCUCUCUCUCCCUCCCUCUCUCUCUCGUAGACUUUUUCUCCUCUCCACACUGCCCUAGUCCCACUGGUUCGGUCGCCCGUGUUGCAGGUGUGCUGCUGCGGUCGGUCACGGCACCGGUCCACUCUCUCCUGCUUCCUGAAAGGGCUCCUCGUGUAAGAGCCCCGUCUGUUGAGAUGUGACGACCUGUGAAACCUGAGGGCUUGUUCAUCCUCGAGAUGUUACUCAUCCAAAACAAACCCACCCCUGUUUUUCAGAAACGCCGACCUCAUAGCUCAGUGAUCUAUUUGUUCAUUCUGACAUGGUCGUAAACUUGUGAUGCUGAAGACUGAAAGCCGCACCUUCUCAUGAACCAAACGAGUCUCUUCAAAAGCUGUGGUUGGGACUUUUAUUUGGAAAGUUUGGCAGAAACAGCAUCUGAACCAAAUUUCGAGGGCUUCUUUUCCCCCAUGUCCAUAUUUCUACAUGUCUUUUUACCCACCGAAUGCAAAAAGUGCCAUUACCUGUGCCCGAGCGCACGAUCAGUAUGACCCACACAAUCUGCCACUCGAAGUCGUUUGUGACUGACAAGAGAGGGGCUCAGAUAUGAGCGGUUUGCCACUCGACCAGGGAGGAAGGACACCUAGCUGCCAUCAGUAGUCGAGUUGCAGCAAACGACUAAAAACCUCCCCCUUUCCACCACCAGCACGUAAUGUAGCGUUGGCGCCACCUACUGGCUAAAGGUGCGGCAGACGUUGGGCCGCGUUUGCGAGGGCCGAGAUCUUUCCAUGAGUUGGAGAGGCGUGAACAAAAAGCACCCUACGCCACCGCCGCCGUGGAAACCACACUGACCUCUCUCCAAGGAGCUUCUCCGCUGGGUUGUGUUGUGUUUUUUAGUUUUGACAUGAUGCCACGAAAAAGACCUCCUAAAAGACCUCUCUUUUUCUUUUCUUUUUUUUUUUAAAAAGAGACUCUUCAGAUAAAUAUUUGUGAAUGGACAUGGAGAGAGAAUGAAAUUUAACAAAGGAAGGAAUUGUAUUUGUAACAGCAGUUUAAGCUAGUAUUUUUUUCCAAGACGUUUUGUACAUUGAUAUUACAGUCUUGUACAAAGUUCUAGCGCUUGAUAUUUUUUAUUUAUUUCGGAUUUUUGGCCCGUUUAUUUUUCUUUUGCUCGGACUUGGCUUACACUUUGUAACUGAUAGAACUGUUGUGUUCCCCUCUAACUGAGCAUGCGUUGUAUGUAGGAGAUGCCAGCAAUUUAUGCCUUUUUCGAAUUUGGCUCUUCCUUUUAAAAGGGAUGCUUUUUGUUCUCCUUUUAGUAGUUAAAUAUUAACGGAUUAUUUAAAGAUUGCUUUGUAAAUUUUACAGCAAGAAAUACACUGUACAAAACAUUGUAUAAUAAACAACAUAUGUUUAUUGUAAAUUUGA